AUGGCGCCCGCCGGAAGUAGCAGCAUGGGGAACGGCAAGGCGUGCGUGCGCUGCUCGCCAUCGUCGCCGUCAUCGCCGGUACGCUCCGUCAUUCGCCGCUUCGCUCUCUCGCCGCGCUCUCAUGCGCCUCGUCGUGUUCUCGCCGUCAUGACGUGUCUCCUGCAGCCAUCGCAAGCAGCACCUUAUGACGUAUACGUGUAUGUGGAGAUUGGCGGGCAGAUGACGAUCAACGGGCAGCCAUAUCUUCCUUUCAAGGGCACCCGCUGUGCAAACAAUCUGGACACUUCGGGUGUGGUGAAGCCGCAGGUGCAGGUGUCGUGGCAGCCUGGCACCGAUGCAAGCAAGGCUGCUUGCCGCGCAUUCGACUUCUUCCAGGAUUUCAACUGCAAAGGACCGCUGCUGGGCAGUUUCCCGGACGGCAAGUCGCGCACCAUGGCUCUCCCCGGUACAGUGAAGUCAGCCCGCUGCAUCAUUGACGACCUGUGCCCGUAUGUGAGCUGCCCGUUCUGGUCCAAUUGCGUCAAAACCACCGACGACAGCGCAUAUGCAAGGUGCAAGUGCAUCUAUGGCUACGUCGCUCGCAACGGCCAAUGCCAGCGCCAGGUGAGCUUUGUGUCCAUUUCACUCACCAAGGUCUCGUCUCGUCGCUGCAACUCUCUCCUCCUUCGCGCUCCCUCUCUUGCCUGGAUGUACACACGAGCUCUCCGGCCCACUCUCUCUCUCUCCUUGCCUGUGCUGCAGUGA